AUGGCUGAUUCUGAUUCAGAUUCUUCCGCUGUCAAUAUCAAUGCUAAUGCCAAAGCCAAUGCAACCGACCCUACCCUUACACCGUCUGAUCCUCGUUCCCCAUUUUUCAUGCCCACAUCUGAUAGCCCUGAUGGCUCCAUUCACAAACCUGCUGCUAUAGCAUCUGAUGAAACUCACGCUUGGACACUUUGCAACUCCAUGAUCAACAACUGGAUCCACAACACUAUUGAUCCACUUCUCAAGCCAUAUAUUCAUUAUUUCUCCACUGCUAAAGCACUGUGGGAUGAUCUACGCGAAAGGUACUCUAUUCAAAAUGCUCCAAAAAUUUAUCAGCUCAAGUCCAAUCUUUUUCAACUACGACAACAAGGCAUGUCUGUUAGCAAUUAUUACACCAAAUUAAGGGGUGCUUGGGAUGAACUUGAUGUUGCACGAGCCUUACCAGAUUGCCCUCAUGGCUCCAAUUGUCCUGUUACACAAUAUAUCACCAAAGAAAUGGCAAAUGAUAGGGUCUACCAAUUUCUAUUAGGCCUGGACAAUGCUAUGUUUGGCACGAUUCGAACACAACUCCUCAAUCAACCGCUUCUGCCAUCCUUAAACAAAGCAUAUUCCACGCUAGUCUAG